CGCAUGAAUGCGUCUCUGUCGUCAUUUCGUGCGCAAUAAUUUAAUGGCGCCCGUAUCAGUCCAGUAACAUUGACUUGAUCGCUUUGACGUGCGUGCCCAUAAAAAUCGACCAAGGUUCGCGCUUUAGAUGGUCACAUCGUGGUGAGUGUUCCUUCGGGCUUCUUCAGCAUCAUCGGCAAGUCUACUACGCCGACAGAAUGCAGCCUCACGGCGAAAAUGCGCUCAAUGUGCCGGCAUUCCUCAGCAAGUUGUGGAAAAUGGUAAAUGAUCCGACGACAGACCAUCUGAUCUCUUGGGGACAGAGUGGAAGUACAUUUGUGAUUGAAAACAAAGCACAGUUCUGGUAUGAAUUGCUCCCAGUAUACUACAAGCAUAAUAAUAUGAGUAGUUUUGUCCGGCAAUUAAAUAUGUAUGGAUUUCAUAAGAUAUCUACAUACGAAGGAAUAGAAAGUGAUAAAGAUGAACUUCAGUUCUUUCAUCAAUAUUUUCAACGUCAUAAACCCGAUCUUCUUAAGAAUAUUAAACGGAAAGUUACGGCUAAUCACAAAUCUGACGGUGCAACGGCAGGGACUGCGGUAGAGCAAUCCGCAAUUAAUCGUGAGGAAAUCUCGAAGUUUUUAAGCGAAGUCACGCAACUCAAGGGCCGCCAACAGACGGUCGACUCACAGCUUAACUCAAUGAAACAGGAAAAUGCCGUUUUAUGGAGAGAACUUGCUAUAUUAAGGCAGAAACAUUUACAACAGCAGAAAAUUGUCAAUAAGCUUAUACAAUUCUUGGUGACCUUGGUGCAACCAUCUUCAAGAAUGGGUGGAUUGGCGCAGAAACGUCACUAUCCAUUAAUGAUCGACGAGAAACCCCCGAAGAAAGCGAAAGUAUCUAGUAAAACAGCAUCAGUCAAAUCAGACGCCUCCGAUGGGCCUAUAAUUCAUGAAUUGGAAACCAACGACUUCUUACAAGAUGAUCUCCUUGCAGAAGCGACAGAAAGCGCUGGGAAUUUAUCAUCAAACACAAAGGAUAGCAUGCCUUUUAUACAAUCACCUGACUUUAAUCGCGAUAUUGUCGAAGAACUACUCUCGGAUUCCGAGCUACCAGAUGACGUCCCAGAUGAAAUUAACGCUGGCGACGAGUCUCUGGAUUUGGAUGGGAAAAUAUUCCUGAAUGCUAACACGCAGGAUACAUUACUGAGCAACUUGAUGAAUGGCAACUACAACGCCAAGUCGGUGAGCGAUGCAAUGGCCGGAACUAGCGCUAGUAAUGUUACGACAACCACAGCAGCCGCAGCCGACACGACGACGAAAAACGAUGAAGCUUCUUCGGCGGCGGCUACAGAUUCGUCGCUGGCGGCUAAUAACACAGGGCAAGCGGUCGCCACCAGGGACAGAGUGCGUUUAUCACGGCUGAAUUCAGUCAUUGCUGACUCGAAUUUCAGUGAAGACAUGGAUCUGCAUGUCGAGCACACGCAGUCCGAGUUGGAGUCGCUCAAAGAUAUUCUCAAUCCACUACUGGGUAAUGUGCCGACAGUCGACGCAAACGCAUUCCUUACCUUGUUUUCGGAUGAUAACUUGCCGUACGGGUUUUUGACGGAUGAUUUACCAAAAUCAGAUCCAUUAGUUUGUGGUUCUGAAUUGACAAAAUACGGUAACAACCUGGACUUUUCACAACUCUUCGACGAGGACACCAAUGAGGAGGCCCCCCUGCCUUCAACGGAUCUUCCCCUGCCGGCGGAGAGCCUUGAUGCGUCAGGAUCGAUAACCACACCACAGAUUAAGACCGCUGAACCCAGCUUUCCCAAAGUUUAGGGAUUUUAGAUUAGGUUAGCGACCACUCUCAUUCGCUUGUCUCUAAAUUAACGCUAAAAAUCGAUUAUUUUCUUUUUACUCUUAUCGAUUAUGUUUGACUUAACUGUUUCGAAUGUUUACCAAUAUCACAUCGAAAUGAUUAGCCUAUGAUUGAGGAUAGUUAACUUUGCAACACACACACACAAGCCGCAUUUAGAUAUUAUUUAUGAAUAGUAUUUGUUGAAUGUUGAUUGUGAAUCGCGUAGCACGUAAGGAGAUGUUACUAUUUUUGUAAGCUAAGCGAAGCGACGAGUGAAAUCAAAUCUAGUUUUGUACUGCGACGCAUGCUGCGCCAAGCAACUGAAAACGAGUAUUUUUAUGAGAGCGCAAGGAAAUCGGAUGUUUGAGCGUUGGGAUAAUGGCGCUCGCGAUUUGUGCUGUUUUCGUUAGGAAAUCGCGGCGGACAUGUUUCAAUUGCGUUUAAGUGCGAAUAUACAAGUGUAAAAAAUA